AUGUCUAAAAAGAAAAAUGGUAUUUUCUCCAUAUUUCGUCGAUCGAAAUCUAAGGAAACAUCAUCGGCCACCAUUACCUCGGACAAUGGAUCGAAAUUGAAUGAAGAUAAUGCAAGCAUAGUUAAUGAUAGUUUUGCUGAAAUCAAUCGUAUUGUACCAUCUACUCCGACCAACUACAAAUCGAGCAUUUCCUCGAAGCAGGCUGAAGCUAACGAUAUUCAUCUACUAGCUCCACAAUCCACUGAUAUUGCUAAGCCUGUCAAAUCAAAAAAAGCUAGAAGCAAAACAGCAGACAGUUCCAAUAAAAAAUUUAAUCCUGCUCCAGCUCCGCCAAAAUCUUCGAUACCCGUAGAUGCUUAUGAAGAACGAGCUGUGGAUGUGAAACCGAAUGACAAGACCAGAAUGGCAAGUUCGACAAUUUCACAAAUAAAAGAGUCACCAAAAAAAAGAAAAAACAUUCUGUCCGACAAUGACUUGUUGAAGAGAGAUUUGAAUACGGAGGAACUAUGGCAGUUAGAGGAAGGAGCUGAAGAGGCUAGAGGUCGAUCAUCUACCAGCUGCUCUAACUCCUCACAUAACUCUUCAUCCAGCAUGAUUCAAGCUGGUGUUAUUCACUAUUCGCCUCAUGGAACAACACGUUCCUCAUCAGCGUUAUCGCCAGAGCCUAUAACGGACGUCCCUCAUAUUGAGCGGCAGUCAAACAUUCAGCUGAAUGACGAUUACAAAUUAAAAUCUAUUUCCGUCACAAGAUAUGAUGGCAGACCAAAGCAGAGAGCUCCUCUACCUCCAUCAGUUUUUCAACCUUCAAGUCCUGCUCUUCCAAGCUCGAAGAAACGACUAGCUCCUCCACCACCAGCAACACCUCCACCUCCGCCACCAGUUGAAUCCCCAACACUAGAAUCAUCGAAGCCUGGAAAGACAGUGAAACCACUCACAAUAAACACUGAGCUUCCGAGAACAGAGAAAAAAGAGUUCAUUCCUAAAGCUUCGACGGAACGGCCGAAAAACAGCCCUUCAUCCAGACCAGUUCCUUCUUUAACCAAAAAAGAAGAAAUACUACAGAAAAAGUAUGAAGCCUUAGAAAGUAAAUUCACCAAGUGGAAAGAUCUAAAAUCAAUUUACGGAGAGACUGUCGAAGUUAAAAGACUUCAGAAUGAGCUAUAUCGCGAUCACGAUGAAGUUAUGAACCUGGUUAGAGACAGUGGAUUGUACUGGAGUGACACAAUGUCUUUGAAAGGAGUGGAGAAGAAGAAAAGACCAUCAUUAGCUGCUGACACUUUCCAACCUAGAGUAACUCCUGUCCGAAGCCCUCUUUCCAUUGUUGCCAGUCAACAAAGCAUCAAUUCCUUUAAAUCUUCACCAGUGUCUUCUCCUGGAACAUCAAGACCUGUAACACCGAAAUCUUCUUCAAUAUCCCCUACUGCUUCUGAAGACAGUGCUGAUUCGGGUGUUGUUAAAGGAAACUCUCCAAAGCUGCCUUAUAGAUCCCCUGUUGCCAAAACACCAACAACAGACAUUAACUCAAAUUAUAUUCGCCACAGCAAACCAGUCCGAACUGAGGAAGAUGAGAAAACUAGAGCUAUGAUCCGCAUAAAGGAGGAAGCUGAAGACUUCAUUAGGAAAGAGAAAGAGCUCAAGAGACUUUCUACUCCUUCUCCAGUUAUUCCUUAUUCAAACCCAAAGGCUGAAGCCUCGGAUAUAAAAACCAAAGAAAACGCAAAAAUAUCUCCACCCUCUCCAAGAGCUCCACCACCAUCAGCUGUCACGUCUCCUACCAUGAAAAGAGAGAAUGUCAACACUAAACCCAAAUACCAUGUAUACAGGUCUCCAAUGGAACUACAAUCUCCAAUAAUGAAAUCGGCAGCAACUUCUCCAACUCCUCCUCCUAUUCCAUUGACUCCUGUGCCUCCAAUGUCAAAGAGAAGCAGCCAGAUUGUUGUUAACAGCUCAACAAUUGAAGAAAGACCGAAGAUUCCAUCGAACAAAACGAACAGCCCGAGACUUCCCCACAACUCCCCGAUAUUGCCUUCGCCUCGUGUGACCGAUCCGAAGCGACCAACGACGUUCGUUUUCAAAAACCAACCCAGUCCAGUCGUAACAUCCCCGCCAACGAAAUAUUUCGACUCUCCCACUUCGUCAAACUCGCCGAACAUGGUAAAUAUCCAAAAAACCAUGAAAAUAGAAACACCACCAGCCGUGCCCUUACAUAAGCGAUAUACUUCGGCAGAUAAAAAAGUUGAAAUCAAAAGUGUUGAUGUGGUUCGGACAAGUGCGGCCAGCACGACCAUUCAGAUUGGCGGUGAUCAUGAAAAAACUUCUAAAGUUAUAAUGCCAACUUCACGUAACACACCAAACUUUUCCAAUCACCAUUACAAGAAUAAUAAUAACAUAGUUACCACACCCAACAAAACUAUGCGGAAGACCAUGUCGGUCUCGUCAGAAGAAGACCCGUUUGAUAACGUAGUCCUGAAAAAAACUACUAUCACUUCGAACGAGGCUGAGUUGCCCAAGAAGCCAUUAAAGGAAUUCAAAAAAAUGGAACCUACAGUUCUCAAAAAAGAGUUAACAGAAAAUCUUAAGAAGAAAAGUACUCAAUCGACUCCUACAACAGUAGAAGCCGAGCUUGAACACAAUUUCCCAACCUUACGAAGUGUUGGACCACCAAAGGAAAAGAAUGGAAUAGCUUUAGGAAGAGUUCUUGAUUCGCCACCAUCAACGUCGAAGAGCGCUCCCUCAACUCCUUCUGCUCCGAAAAUUCCGAACGCUCCACCACCACCACCACCACUUUUAUCGAAUUCUACAACAUCCCCAACUUCACCUCCACCACCUCCUCCGCCGCCACCUAUGAACUUCAUGCGAUCUGAGAGUGCGCCAGUUAUAAAAAAAUCGACUCCUAGCAUAGCCAACGUUCCACCAUCUCCUACUGCUGGUGCACCAUUAAUCAAUUCACAAGACUUAAUAAAUCAGAAGGGGAAACUUAAGAAAACAAGUCCAGUUGACAAAAAAUCUCCCGUUGCAUCUGAUUUAGUAGGUAGCCUAAUGGAAGAAAUCAGAAAAUCCGGUGGAAUAAACUCUCUGAAGAAGAUUUCAGCAUAA